UCAGCGCGACGAAUUUGUCGCUCGGUUAUUCGAUUGCGUAAUGAAAGAUAUGAGGAAUUUUGCAAAUGGCUUUACCAAAACAAAGAUAUGAAUUACAAAUCGCUGGCAGCACACAAUGCCGCUUGUAACGAGAUAUAUCGCCAAUUUCAGGACUGUGAGGCUGAGCAUCCGUAUCGAAGAUUUGUGGGUUACUGCGAACAUAUCCACCAAGCGAUGAUCAAAUGCAUUAAGGAACAAAGAGAAAUUCAUAGGGCAGAAAGCGCACGUUUCCGACGAAACAGGUUAAAGACGACGGAACCGACACAAUCGGAAACUAGCAACGAUUAGCCGUGCACAGAAAUUC